UAGGCAAGUGUGUCCAUUCGUACCUUCCGUAGUUGCUUCCGCUGGCUGGACUUUUAUUACAAGUUAUAUAAGACUUUCGUCCUUGGUCUGCAUUGAAAAAAAAAAACGAUAGAGAGAGAAAAACCAAGUUCUUCGAAAGAUCCCGUUUGAUCUUAAUUAUUUCGCUGUUUGUUCGCUUUAUAGUCGAAGUGCAUCCAAGGUGUAGUUGCCAUGAAUCGUGUAGUUACCACAUUCGUCGUGUUGCCGAGAUUGCUACAGAGACAAACAUGUGCGGUUUCAAUGAGGUUUGCAGCCAUGUCAACAGCAAAGAAAACAGCAGCAGCAGACAGUCUUACGGAACCAGUGAAAUUCUCGCAGAGUAAAGCUGCCUCCUGGAAAUCUUUGGACACAUUCAAGAAGCCACACGGCGACCGACUCAAAAUCGAACCCUUCGUCGUGUCGUUCAGCAUCUCCGUGCUCCUCAUAUAUUUCGCUUUCUUAAGGGAAGAGAACGAUCUGGACUUGGAAAUGGACAAGACCCUGUACGAGAGGAUCCCUGCCUUGGAGAAGACUCAGUUGCAGAUGCAGAUCCAACAGAACAAAAAGCAGGGCAUAGAGAGUGCAGCAUUACAGAAACGACUGCAAGAAGUAGAAGCAGUAAUUAAGAAACGAAAGUCAUUAUCACCCAACCAAUAAAUUGUUUAAACUUACCACA